AUGCGGAGAAUUAGUUAUGGUCAAGGUAAUUUUUCCAUUCUUUCGUUCUCAUGGAAAGUGUUUCACUUAUUUGCGUCAAUUUAGGGUUGGAUACAAAACAUCCGAAAGAUGAAAAAGAAUUUAUUUCUUGAUAUAAAUGAUGGCUCUUCAAGCAAAUGCCUUCAGGUAGUUACGGAACGUAGUGAUUCAAUGAAGCCUGCAGUAGGAGACUCAGUCGAAGUACUUGGUGAAGUGAGCCAAGCACCCCAGGGCAACGCCGAAAUAAAAGCAACCACACUGAAUAUAUUAUGUAAAUGUGAUAUCAAGGACGGAUAUCCCUUCACCCCACGUCAAGUUCAUCCUCCUGAAUACGUUAGGGAGUACUUGCAUUUAAGGCCGAAGGUAGACAAAUUCGCUGCUGUUUUGCGAGUUCGUCACUGGGCAACGAAAUAUAUCAACGAUUAUUUUAUAGACCGCGACUUUUUACACAUCCACACUCCUGUUUUAACAUCAAACGACUGUGAAGGGGCUGGUGAGGUGUUUCUAGUAAGGCCUGACAAUGAGCAACUCCUAAAAUCUAUGGCGAAAGAGGGCACAUCCCCCGAUGAGGCUUAUUUCGAUAGAAAGGUUUACCUGUCUGUAUCAGGACAACUUGCGCUUGAAGCCGCAACUCAGGGAAUGGGGAAUGUUUACACUUUUAUGCCAGCUUUUCGUGCUGAAAAUUCAAAAUCACCCUUGCAUAUCUCGGAGUUUCAGAUGCUCGAAGCAGAGCUAGCAUUUAUUUCCGAUAUCGUUGAUCUGACGACAUUCAUUGAAGAUCUGCUGAAGACUGUAACGACACAAGUCCUGAACAAAUGUGCAAUGGAUGCAGACGUUUGUAAAGCGACUAAUGCUGAAAAAGAUGUUGAUUUAAAAACACUUCUUGAGAAAAAGUGGAUAAUUUUAACGUACGACGACGCUAUUGAGAUUUUGAAGCGACACAAAGAUGACUUAAAACAGGAGCUGAAAUACGAAGAGGGACUUUCGAAAGAACAUGAACUGUUUCUAGUGAAACAUCUGAAUAGUCCAGUUUUCGUUACACAAUGGCCGAAAUCAAUGAAACCGUUUUAUAUGAAAAUUUCUGAAAUUGAUUCAACGAAGGUUGACGCUAUUGAUCUACUUAUGCCCCAGGUCGGUGAGUUAGUUGGGGGGAGUUUGCGUGAAGCCAAUUACGAUCGUAUAGUGUCGUGUAUUCCGCCGGCAUUGCAAUGGUAUGCAGAUUUACGGAAAUUCGGCUAUGUACCAACUGGAGGCUUUGGUAUAGGAUUUGAAAGAUUUGUGCAGUUGUUAACAGGUGUACGAAAUAUACGGGACGUAGCACCUUUUCCACGUUGGCCACAUAGUUGUAAUAUGUAAUUUUAUAAAUAUAUUAAUUUUAGUACUGCAGAAUGGUUGUUGUAUUGUGAAAGUUUUAAUAAAAUUAUUGAUUGUUA